AUGCCGAACGAAAUCAAAGAUAUCCAUACAGUGGACGUCACAUCUUUUCCAUACUUCUUCGAGCAGAAUGUGACGGUCCCAUUGAAAUCAGGAGCAGGACUUGUUCGAUGCAAUGUUUACAGACCGAAAGGUGAAGAUACAGACAGCACUCGUGUGCCAGUCCUCGUGACAUACGGACCGUACGGAAAGGACAUCCACUACAAGGACUUCCACCCUGUGUCCUACUCCGAAGUCAACACAGAACAUCACUCCGAUCAUUCUGCCUGGGAAACACCCGACCCUGGAUUCUGGACAAAACAUGGCUAUGCCGUCGUACGUGCAGAUGAAAAAGGCCUGGGGCAAUCCCCUGGUGUGCUAGAUACUAUGUCCCGAGGUACUAGCGAGGCGUUUUUCGACGUUGUUGAAUGGGCAGCCGAACAGCCAUGGUCUUCUGGUAGAGUUGGACUAUUAGGCAUCAGUUACUAUGCCGGAAGCCAAUGGCGUGUUGCUGCCCGUCAACCCAAGGGACUCGCUGCCAUUGUUCCUUGGGAGGGCAUGUCCGACUAUUACCGUGACCGAUGCCGUCAAGGCGGUAUCUUGUCCAAUGGUUUCAUCAAAUUUUGGUGGGAUCGCCAAGUCAUCACCAAUCAAUACGGACGCCCAGGUAGAAAGGCUCGCAAUUGGGGACCAGACACUAUCGAGGGCGACUUACCCGAAGAUGAACUUACUGCCAAUCGCCGCGACCAGAAUGUCGACAAUUUGAAUAAUAAAUUCAGAGAUGACCCAUACUACGCGUCUAAGGAGUACCACAUGGGAGAUAUUAAGGUUCCCUUACUUAGUGUCGCUAACUGGGGCGGGAUUUGUCUGCACCUUCGAGGAAAUGUGGAAGGUUGGACAUGGGCUGGAUCAGAAAUGAAAUAUCUUCGUUUCGUUACUGGACGCCAUGACCUACCAUUUUACUACCAUGAUGAAGUGGAGAUUCAAAGAAGUUUUCUAGAUGCGUUUCUUAAAGGAGAAGACAGGGAAGGAUGGACCGUGAAAGGAAAGGUUCCGAAAGUCAGCGUUGUCUUACGCAAAGGCGAUGUGGGCUUCAACAAUGCCCAGGCUGAAAGGGCAUAUGUUCGCCGAAGUGAGAGCGAAUGGCCUAUUGCUCGAACUCAAUAUACCAAAUUUUACCUCACGCCGCAGGGAAUUCUUGAUCCUUUUACAACAAGCGAGGAGUGGCAGUCAAAAGUUUCUUACAAGGCUUUGGGCACGCUUGACACACCCCAGGUACUAAAAUUUGAAACAAAGCCAUUUGAAGUCGAAACUGAAAUUACGGGGCAUGUUGUUGCUCGAUUGAAUGUGUCGGCAACGCCACUUUCAACCAGCGAGACUAUUCCUACAGAUAUUGACUUAUUUGUCACUCUGCGCCAUAUUUCAGCCGAGGGCAAAGAGGUCUUUUACACUGGGACGGCAGGUGACCCCGUUCCUUUGACUAAAGGGUGGCAGCGAGUUAGUCUACGCAAGACAGACUCUAGUCAUAACAAACAUCGGCCAUGGUUCCCUCAUCGUAACUAUACCAGUGUUGAUGUGCAGCCAGUUAUCAACGGGGAAGUGUAUCCCGUGGAUAUUGAAAUCUGGCCUACAAAUGUUGUAGUUGAAAAGGGCGGAAAGAUUGUUUUUGAAGUAUCGUCUGGAGACACUCAAGGAUGUGGUAUAUUUGUGCAUGAUGAUCCAUUGGACAGUCGAGGUUGCAAUAUGACGGCGGACAAGCCUCCCAACAAGAAAAAGAAUGAUUUUACAAAGGCAGUUGUUUAUCAAUUUCACUUCUCGGAUCAUUUUGAUUCAUGCGAAGCACUCAGGAAAGUCACUAUGGCCCGGAAUCUCCAAGCGGUCCGCGAGGCUGCCAUUGACGGGCGUAUGCACAAUGUCAUUUGCCGACAGCUACAGCUCGAGAGUCUCCAAAGGACUCUUUUUGAACAUGCUGGUGCUAUUGAGAAAGCAAUUUUCGAAGAUAGUGGUCACAGUGCUAACGAAGUCUCCAUUGAAUACUUGUUGGCUAUGAAUAAUUUGAACGCCCACUACCAAUCACUGGAUUUUAAAGCUACCCUGAAGGACGAAUAUGCCGUUCUUAGGAGCGAAGACAGAGAAGAAAGGCACGAGCCCUUUGGUAUUGUGUACAUUGUACCAACCAGCUAUACGCUAUUUUACUCUGUCAUUGUGGCAGUGAGUGCUGCAAUUGCAGCUGGGAACUGCAUCGUCAUCGAGUUGCAUAAUACUCUGCAAGCAGUUCCUCCUUUACUGAGAAAGCUACUCAAGUCUAGUCUUGACCACAGUGUCGUCGAGUUCGUAUCCAGUCGAGCAUCAGACGAAGACCUAGGGCCCCAUCAUAUUCGCCUUUAUCAAGAAGAACCAAAUCAACCUUUGCCUACGAGUGGUAUUAUUAACGUACCGCUAUCAUCACCCUCGUCGGCCCGCACAGUUGCAGUAGUCGACCGAACAGCCGACUUGCUCAAAGCUGCAGAAGCACUGGUCACUGCCCGCUUUAGUUUUUCAGGGAACUCUCCGUACGCCCCGGACGUUGUUUUUGUCAAUGAGUUUGUGAAAGAGCCGUUCUUGGUUGCUGCUAUGAAUGCCGCAGUUAACCUAACGACGAAUUCAUCCUCCAAUGAUUUCGAUACGCACAAGCGGAGUCAUAGAAUCACCCAGCAACUAGAUUCCUUGGUACAAACUGAAGCUGAGAACAAUGGAGUCAAUGUUAUUUCGUCCCUUGGAAGAGGGAAGAUAUUGGAGGUAACAAAAAGAAAAUCCCCACUGCUUGACGCCAAGAUUUCGGGCUGCAAUCUCGUCAUCCACAGCGUUCGAUCGCUUGACGAGGCAAUCGACUUGUCUAACAGUAACCAAACACUACUAGGAUCAUAUCUCUUUUCAGAUGCUGAAUCCGCGAAAUAUCUUAGCCAAUUCAUCGACUCUCGUGUUUCUUUCAUAAAUCAAAUUCCUGUUGAGAUUUUACGUAAGUUGAUUCACGUUCCUUCAAAACUCUUCUUCAUCUGCUAA